UUAAAGGGUGGUCCGUUCGUUACUGUGGAUGCGUCAUACAGCGCUAAAUCUAACAUCAGAUACAAAAUUUGUAACGUUGUGCAACAACAGAGGAAUUGUAAUCAUUGUUUGACGAGUGUUGCCAAUUAACGUUAUUGGAGAAAAAGUUUUGUUUAUCAGUGAUUGUGUGAAGGGGGCGUGUGUGAGCCUUUUACUUAACAGUGCCGCACAUUCGACGUGCGUUAAGACGUUUACUCAUGCCGCUGUGGAAGUAAAUUGGUGUUUAGUAGCAAAUAAAUGUUAAUUGGACAUUGACCGAUUUUGUAGGACUCUCAAAAUGGAUGUUGACAAUGACAUAAAUGAACUGAUAGAGAGCGGCCAGCUGCGGUCAGGCACGCCGCUGAGGAGAUCUGGUGUUGACACUCCAACUCGCAGGAGGAGCUUGCGAACCAGAACUCGAGCUUCAGCUGAAAGAAGUGAACAAUCCAGCACUGUUACACGCGUCACUCAAACGCAAACCACAGAGAUUCGUUAUUCACAAGCUGGAAAAACUUCUAAUGACAGCGACGCGUCUGCCGAUUACUCUGAUACUGAUAGGAAGAAAGAAACAUCUUCACGGAAGUCUUAUAGCCGAAGAACGGUUGUGAAUGGAGCCUCAGUCAGUGAAGAAGAUACUGAUGUAGUUACUGUGGAAGAGGUGGAGCCACGAAAUGUAGUGACUAGCACAGAAACUCCUAUUCAAGAUGCUGGAUAUUCAAGUGAUGAAGGCGGUAAAUCACGUCUGACUGCAUACGACAUAUAUAAAUCAGUCGAAGAUUACUGGGAGGUUUUCCCAAAGACAGACUAUACAUAUUCACGUUCGUCAACUGACAGGAAGGAAAUUUCACCAGGUGUAAUCAAUCCACCAAACAUGUCACGACGAAGCUUACACCCUCGUACAAUACCAUCAGUUAGUGAUCUUCGCAGGAAGUCUCCCACAAAGCUACAUAUUAUGAAACGUGAAGUUGUGAAAAAUGAUGCAGCAUCGAGAUACUUCACUGAAACAAAAUCUGAUGGGUAUGUGUCAGAAAAGCUGAAGCGCUGGUCUGCACUUGAUUCCGAUGUAGAUGAAGUCGAUGAAAAAUUCUCAGCCCAUAAAGCCAGCACAUCUGCUUCAGCUGAGAAGAAGUCUGUAAUUGUUACGAAGCUGAUUACAAUAUGGACAUAUAUAACAACAAUUUUGACAUCUGCAAGAAAAAGUUUGACAACCGCAAGUCAAAGAGUUAACAGUGUUUUCAGAAGGGAGAGAUAUGUGGAAGAAGCUCAUUUCUCAUCAAUACAGUUGGAAUCUGAGCAGCAGCCAUCUGCAUGGCUGAGGUUCCAAGGACUUAUGUUGUACUGGGCUACCUGCUUCCAGACAUGGGUUGUUGCCUGGUUGCUGUACUGGUUACAUGGUGGACAAGAUCACGUAACUUCAGAGCGUAGGCAACGCAAGAAAUAUCUGCAGUUGUUCCUCCUGGGCUUGCUGCCUCUGCUUAUCCUGCUCGGUGGAGGACUUGUUUCUUACAUCAGGAGGUCACCAGUUGAAAAUUUCAGUUCAAUUCUGGAGAGGGUUGGAGCUGUUACUGAAAGCUGGCUACAUUUUCCUCAAAUUGAUUUUAGGGAUAAUGAUGAACAUCAAAUCCAGAAAGAAAAUGUUGAAGGUUAUUCCUUUGCACCUUUUGAUGAAAAACUUAUUGUGAAGAAGGUUCUAUCCAGUUCUGAGUUCCAAAAACUAAUUCAGUCUCAGAAUCAUCUGGAAUCACAGCAGGCAGAACUGGAAACUCAGCUCAAUGGACUGGAAGCAGAUGACACCAGAUACAAGGCUGCACUUAAUGAAGAACAAAUGGAACAACAAAAAAGACUUAUGGUGGAAGUGGACAGGAUUAAAAUGCAGGUAGACAAUUUGUUCAAUGAACAGCAAAGGAUAAAGAAUACACAGCAUUCUGUCCAUGCAGAAUUUAAUAUAUGGCAGAAGAAAAUUAGAGAUUUAAGCUCUCGCCUAAGGCUUUUACAGGAAGCACGCAUCCAUACUAUUAAGAAAAUGGAACAGUGUUGUAAGAAACAGCUUCCUGCUGUUACACCAUUAGAUAUAGAGAAUCAUGUGAUAAAAUUUUUGUCAGGAUUAUUCAGCUCGGAAGAAGAAGUCAUUAAUAACGUUCCAGAGAUUCAUAACUGGGUUCACAAACUAUUUGUUGCAAGAGAUGAAUUAGAAGCAAGGCUUGCCAAUUUAACAGUCAAACUUUCCGAUGGUGCCAAAGAAGCUGCAAAUUACUCAGCUGAUAUUAUUAUGACCUCUGUGUCAGAAAAAAUUAGAGAAGAAUUUGUUCGACAACACCAGGAUCCCAUUAUUGGUAGUUACUUUUCCAAGGUAACAGAACAUACAGAGUGUGACAGCAAUGAUGGUUUAUCAUAUUCUGAUGUCCAGAAAAUUGUUGAUCGAGCUCUUGCGAAGUAUGAUGCUGAUAAAACAGGAAUGGUGGAUUAUGCGUUAGAAUCAUCAGGAGGGAGUAUUUUAAGCACAAGGUGCACGGAAAACUAUCAAGCAAAGACUGCUAUGCUAACAAUAAUGGGGUGGUUUCAUUGGUACCCAUCUGGUGUUUCCCCAAGAACUGUUAUUCAGCCUGGUGUUGUACCUGGUAACUGUUGGGCCUUCACAGGAGGGCAGGGAUUUCUGGUAAUACAACUUUCUGCAUGGAUUAAAAUUACUGCGUUCAGCAUUGAGCACAUCCCACGCUCAUUGUCACCAACUGGAAAACUGGACUCAGCGCCUAGAGAUUUUCGUGUUUUGGGUCUGAAGCAUGAAAAUGAUGAAUUCCCAAUGGAAAUCGGGAAGUACCAGUUCCAGGAAAAUGGGACUAGUCUUCAAUAUUUUAAAGUCCAGCGACCUGACUUGCCACCUUUCAAUAUAGUCGAGCUUCAAAUACAAACAAAUCAUGGAAAUAUGGAGUAUACAUGCCUUUAUAGGUUUAGAGUUCAUGGAAUUAGAGUAUCAGAAAAAGACGUGAGAAGAUAACAUUGAUGCCUCAAACUUCAUUGCAAAACAUUGUUCUUCGCACCACAUGGUGUAAAUGUACCUGUACAUUAUAUGUGAUGAUUGUUUCAUACAUGUGAUGUUUUAGAUGUUAAUUUUUAUUUAUUUUUGUUAAUGUGAUCAGCAGCAGAGGAAAAUAUUUGGCUAUUUAUAUUUUAUUAUUGUUUCCAAGUUUUGCAUUUGUUUCCUAUGAUUGUAAUGAUGGCUGUAUUGCAAAUAUUUAAAAUUGUAAACAUAUUUUCAGUAGCUUGGCUUUAAGAACAACUGCAAUAAAAUGUGGAGAGGGUGCCUUCUGUUCCUGUUAUUAACUGAUGUCACUUUGUGUGCAUGAGAUAACAAAUUAUAUGUUUUGUUAAUUUUGUGUCUUACAGAAGCAGUAUUUUGAUUCUGAUCUGUUUUUACUGGUAACUUUUUGUGCAUUUUAUGUGGAAGACUGGCAUUGCCAGUAUCCAUUGGAUGUAUAUACAUAUGUGGUAACUUAAGUUCAUUGUUGUAUGUAAAGCUUUAAUAUGGCUGUGAGUUUCAUGAGAGUCAUACUAUUUGUGCAUGAAGGAUACUUAAAUAUGUAACUGGACCUUUUAGAUAUAUGAAUUAUAAUGUUUUUCAGUGCCUUUAUUGCAGCAAAAUUUUUUAUCUAUUCUUCAGGAGGUUCAGUAAUAAUGAAAAUAAGUGUCAAGAUGUUUCUUUUUGUGGGUGCAAGAUUUUAUGUUUUUCAAUUAAGCUAUAAAAAUAAUUGUCACAAACCCUUAACUUGUUCUUUAUAGUUUAAUUCUUGUAGAAGCUCUAGUAAACUUUUAAGUUAUUGGUCUAAGCUGCAUAUGUUUUCACUUGAUAGAUUAGGAAUGUUCCUUCAUGUUAAGGUUUUAGAACAGUGCAGAAACAAGGUGUUUGCAGAGGGCAUUUCUUCACACUAAAUGAUCUCCAUUGCAAGACAUUUAUGUAUUAUAGUUUUAUAGGGCCUAUUAGAUUGGGGGAAAAUCUGUCAGAGUAAUAGAUAUUGAUCAUAAAUAAAUAACAAUGACGUCUGAUAUUUUUCCGUCCCAUUGCAAGAUAUAAUGCCUAUACUGACCAAUGUACACCAACCUUGGCUAUUGAUGAAUCACAUUCUUCAGAUAUAAAUACUAAUUUCCAACUGUCAAAUCUUUGACAUUUUUACCUUCAUAUAAAUUUUUUGUUUGGAAAGCUCCAGGUGCAGUGAAUCAAGUGUUCAAAUAUUGACUAUAGUUUGAAAGUAUGAUUAUUAUAUACUAGAGAGCUAUAAUCAAAUUUUUAAUAAUGUAUUGUAUGAUCUUUGUAAUGAAGUCUGAGGUUAAAUGUUAGUCAAAUAAUUAUUAUUUCAUUGGGAAGUGUAAGCCGAAGUAGUCCAGAACCUUCUUGGAUGGGAAUUGCAGCUUAUAAUAGUAGUAGUGCAGUGUAGAAUUACCAGUCUGUAGUGAGUGAAGAAUGAACCAACCUUCCUGUGCCUUAGGUAACUUUUUGUAUUAAAUCUAAAUGGUAAUUUUGUAAAUGAUAGUCUUCAUAAAGAUGAUCGUAUUUUAAGUUCUCACAAAAGAUCCCAUUGUAUCAAUAUUUAUUACAUUAUUCAUUAAACAUUUACAUGAAAGUACAAAGUAUAAGAAAAUAUUAUGCACAAUGACUAUUUUUUAAAUGUGUGUACUUUAAAGUUGUGUGUGUGUGUGUGUGUGUGUGUGUGUGUGUGUGUGUGUGUGUGUGUGUGUUUUUUAGGAUGGGUCACAUUUCAGUUUAGCAUGCUUUCAGUAUGAAUUUAUUUUUACAUGCAUUGUAGAUGAACACACCAAUCUAAAAAAGCACAAAGAAAUGGUCAUGAUCACAAAUUUAGAUGUUAAAGAGUGUCAUUCAUUUUGUGUUUACAAGUUGCAUAUUACCUUUUUCAUGUGAAGUAUUAAAGGGAAAUGGAGGUCCAUUUAUUUUGAGCCUGUGCAGUUAGUAGUCCAUACACAUUUGGUGAUAUAUGAAUGAGUGUGGUUACAUUGGGGGAAACAUUGCCAGUCAUCUGUUUAAACUGAAGUGCUUUCUUAUACAUGCAUGCAUAAGAUGUGCUUGCCUGUAAACAAGCAAAAUGGAGAGGAGUCUUUGAAAGAGAGUUAGAAACUUACAAAGUGAAAGUGUAAUGAUCAUUGUGCAGAAACUGCACUGAAAUCAGAGUACAAUUAAAAUUACUGCCGUGUUAUGAGUUUCUCCAUUGUUUGGUGAGGGUUUUAGUCUGUGAUUAUUGGCUUUGUCUGUUCCACAAUAACAGAAAACUUGUGGUUGCCUUUUGCUGGACUGUAGCACACGGAGUAAGAAUUGUUGUGCAUGUGCCCCACAAUUUUUGUCUUCUAAGAUGUUCUGUAGAAGUAUUCUCCAAUUACAAGUGCCAAAAUUCACUGCUAAAGAGUAUGGUCAUACUGUCGUGUACUUUCUUUAGUAUCCAAAAAUUCUCAGGUGGAUACUUUUUAUGUGAUUCAAGAUGUUACAAGUGUUGAACUAAUGUAGUUUAACAUUGUGAACAGAUGACUGACAACAUUUGUUAAAGGCCAAAAUAUAAUGAGAGAGAGAGAGAGAGAGAGAGAGAGA